GGUCCGCAUGGUUCGCCAUGAAUCGAAGAUCACCACCGACACCAACAAAACACCAACAUGAGUAACGGGCCUAUAUCCGUAAGAGUUCCAGCUGCGGAUGGGCUCUCCUUUUUUCUAAUAACUAAUGCGGCUCGCGAUGAUUCUCAAAACCUUUACAUCACUUGUGUGUUCAGCCAUGAACCCUUACCAAAAACUGUCACAAUCUCCGAUUUCUUACAAGCAGAAGAAAACGGCAAGAGAGCAACGUAUCCCAAUCCCCGCUGCUACUUCGGAAAGAUUUCACCCCCUGGCUCGGCUACUCAAGCGACUGAAAUGCUUCUCGCGGAAUUUUUUGCGAAAUACCGACUUGUACAAUGGAACAUGAUGGGCAGAGGAAACGGUGGGGUAGUUAAAAGGCAGUGGUAUGGCUGGCAAUACGUCUCAUUUCCGGAAUACUAUUGGAAUGAUCUGCUGCAUGGGUCAGUAGGACCUCAAAUAGCAUCGAAAGAAUUCUUGGAUUGGAGGGACAGAGAAUUGGAACAAGGGCAAGGACUUGUGUGGAACAUCGCUCAUAGGUGCUCUUCGGUGGGAGGGAUGCUCAGGGCUGCCGAAACAGAGGGUUUGGUACAUAAUUGCCUGGCCGAGCCAAGAACGUUCAGAAGCCGGGGUCUUGCAAAUUUCGAAGACCG